AUUCUCAUAACAAUGUCCACCUACUCAUUAGAGCACGCCUGUUAUUCUGUACGGAACUCGUUUUAGGGUAGUUAGAGAAUAGCCGUUGGUGCUCAAUCCUCCAUUUUCAGAGCCAUUUUAGGAAAACAAUUAAAUAAUGGCGAGGAAGAAGAUCAGAGAGUAUGAUUCGAAACGCUUACUAAAAGAACAUCUUAAGAGGCUUUCUGGCAUAGAUUUGGACAUCAGAUCUGCACAGGUAACUGAAUCUACAGAUUUCAAUGAGUUAGCAGACAAAGAACCAUGGCUUUCUUCAGGGAAACUGGUCGUUAAGCCUGAUAUGUUGUUUGGGAAGCGGGGGAAGAGUGGUUUAGUUGCAUUGAACCUAGAUCUUGCCCAAGUUGCUUCAUUCGUGAAAGAGCGUCUGGGGAAAGAGGUAGAGAUGGGAGGAUGCAACGCACCCAUAACAACAUUCAUUGUUGAACCCUUCAUUCCCCAUGAUGAGGAGUUUUAUCUUUCAAUUGUUUCAGAACGACUUGGAUCCACUCUAAGCUUCUCAGAUUGUGGAGGAAUUGAAAUUGAAGACAACUGGGAUAAGGUGAAGACUACAACUAUCCCAACUGAGGCUUCCUUUACGUCAGAGCUUUGUGCUCCGCUGGUAGCAACCCUUCCAUUAGAGAUACGCGGUACAAUUGAGGACUUCAUAAAAGCAGUUUAUGCUUUGUUUUUAGAUCUGGACUUCACCUUCCUAGAGAUGAAUCCCUUCACGCUUGUUAAUGGCAAGCCUUAUCCUCUAGACAUGAGGGGAGAAUUGGACGAUACUGCUGCUUUCAAGAACUUCAAAAAGUGGGGAAAAAUUGAAUUCCCACUACCUUUUGGACGAGUUAUGAGUCAUACUGAAAGCUUCGUUCAUGGCUUGGAUGAAAAGACAAGUGCUUCUCUCAAAUUUACAGUUCUGAAUCCGCAAGGGCGAAUUUGGACCAUGGUUGCCGGUGGUGGUGCAAGUGUCAUAUAUGCCGAUACGGUUGGAGAUCUGGGUUAUGCUUCGGAACUUGGGAAUUAUGCAGAGUACAGUGGAGCUCCAAAUGAAGAUGAGGUCUUGCAGUAUGCCAGAGUUGUACUGGAUGUAAGUUCUUUAUCUUGGCCAGCUCGUGUACAACUUUUUGUUUUUUCAAAUAUUAUUUUUUGUUUGUCUAUUAAUAUUUUUUUAGAAGUUAUGCCCAACUUCUAGAUUCAAAUAUUGGACAUGGUUUUGGGUUGUCAGGAGUCCAAACUAAAAGCGGCAAGAGUGCAUGUAUACGUGAGGAGAGGUGGCCCGAAUUACAAGACCGGUCUGGCUAAAAUGAGAGCCCUCGCAGAGGAAAUUGGCAUCCCCCUAGAGGUUUAUGGACCUGAGGCAACCAUGACCGGCAUUUGCAAGGAGGCGAUUGACUGCAUCACUGCUGCAGCGUAGCAUUUCAACUAAAGUUUGUUCUCUUUCAAUUUCUAUUUAGUUUAGUAAAAUUUGCAGAAAUAAAAUUGUACUGUUCUCUAGUGGGUCUUGAACUUAUGCAUCAGUAGUUGUCUUGUGGAAACAUUCGAAAUUGCAAGCCAAUGAUGUUAAAAAACAGAAGAUGCUGCUAAUGUUACUUGAGAAGCGUAUGUUUGUACUUUGUAUUGAAUAGAAACCAAGUAAGCUCCCUUUCAUGAAUGAAUGUUACUGGUCUCACACACCCCUAUGUGUGUGUCUCCAGUAUAUAGCCAGA